CCAGCAUUCCUGACAGCUUAAAGGCUUGUUAAAUAUGUUCUUCGCGCAGGGAAAUUCCUCUACUUUCAUUCCUUGAGGCAGUUUGACUUUUCACGCAAUCUGACCAUCACGUUCCGUGAGGGGAAGAAAGUGUCCCGUUGUAGGUGAACUGAUCCAAUUUUCCACAAGAGAUGUUGUGGUGUUGGUGGGGGGAGACAAAAUACUUGGGUCUUUGUCUACUUUUUACAACAGGGGUCUCAAUAAGUCCCCUCCACCUGAGUUUUGAAAUUAUUCCGAUUUAUGAAAACCUUCAACAGAGGGACACGAAGUGCGUAAAGACGCAGUAUGAACCGUUAUCACUUCCAUGAAGGGCUGGGAGAUUCCAAAGAGGAUACUUUGCAUGAGUGUUUGUUUGUGUUUUAAGGAUCGGGCAUUGCUUCUCCUUCCCCGGUAGGCUCAUGUGUAGACUUAACAUAGCGAUACAGUGAGACAGCAGCACUGAGCAGGACGGCUGAAGAGCCCCUCCGAUCUGAGCGUGCCAAGUAAAGGGGAAACAAAAACAUGGCUGGUUUGAUGGCAGGUUUCGGUCAUUACACCCACGCCGUCGUCCGGGGAAUCCCCGCGUCCCUGGCCAAAGAAGCGCUCCGGAGCACCCAGGCGGAGGUGGACCUGGACGGGGCGCGGAAGGAGCACGACGCGUACGUCGAGGUCCUGAGGACGAGGCUCGGGCUGGAGGUGGUGGAGCUCCCCGCGGACGAGUCGCUGCCCGACUGCGUGUUCGUGGAGGACGCCGCCGUGGUGUGCGGUGACACGGCGCUCAUCACCAGACCCGGGGCAGAGAGCAGGAGGGGAGAGACGGAGGCUAUGAGAGGGGCUCUGAAGGAUCUGAAUCUGAACAUUGUGGAAAUGACUGACGAGAACGCGACGCUGGAUGGAGGAGAUGUCCUCUUUACUGGUCGAGAGUUCUUCGUGGGGCUUUCCAAACGGACCAAUCAGAGAGGAGCAGAGAUUCUAGCAGAUGCAUUUAAGGACUACGCUGUUUCUACCGUGCCUGUGCUGGAAGGACUGCACCUGAAGAGCUUCUGCAGCAUGGGAGGACCGGGCCUCAUUGUCAUCGGCUCCAGCGAGCCAGCGCAGAAAGCCCUCAAAAUCAUGCAGCAAAUGAGCGACCACCGCUAUGACAAGCUGACGGUGCCGGACGACCUCGCCGCCAACUGCAUCUACAUGAACCUGCCCAGCAAGGGCCAUGUUCUUCUGCACUGCACAGCAGAGGAGUUUCCGGAGAGUGCUAAGGUGUUUGAGAAGUUGAAGGACCACAUGCUGAUCCCCGUGUCCAAUUUGGAGAAGGUCAAAGUGGAUGGAGCCCUCACAUGCUGCUCUGUACUCAUCAACAAGAAGGCCAACAUCUGAGCGCGCCCGCUAGGGCUCUCUCAGUGCAUGCUGACCAAGCGGAGCCGGUAUCUGAUCAGCAUGGAUCUGGAGGUUUAACAAAACUAUCCUGGCACUUAGAGAAGAGAUAGGCAAGCUUGAUGUUGCUGAGAGACAAAGCGUUUAUUAAUUAAAGGGAGUCAUUUGGUUUCCCUUUUUCAAGCCAAUAAAUUAUAUUAAAGGGUCUUAAAGUGUGUGAAUAGCUCAGCUGAUAAAACUCUUAAUUAGUGACAGAUUAUGUGUGUCUCCUAAGAAUAGUCUGAAUAGUUUGUUUUAUUUUCCUCUUGAUUCGGCUGUAUGCCAUAAAAAGCUAAAGAGCAAAUUCGUUAAUCCUUAUUUGACUUCAGUCUACACACUGCUCUAAUUAAUUAAUGAUGUGAUGAGGGAAGAUCUGAUCUCUUAAACAGAAGAGGAGUAAACCAUGAGCCACGCCGAGUUCCUCCCUUCGAGUCUAAUCCUUGAUUUGUUUGUAUGCCUUAUAUGCCUUUGAGACAGCCACACAGAUCAGAGACAAGAGAACUAGGUGGGUCUGAUACAUGAUCAUUGCUGCCACUGUCAAGUAAAACAUUGCACUGCAGAUUUACAAAUUACACACCUAACAGUCGCCUAAAAACAGUUGAUUUAUAUUGUUUAUGUGCACCAUUUGAACUGUGAUCUAAUUUUGCUUAUGUUUUACAACAGAAUUACUCUUUUUUUUUCCCAAGAACUGUAUUUUUCGAGGAGGAAACAAGUAAUACUUGCCAUUUUGUUUUCAAACUUGAAUGUUAAACUUUUUCUUCACAGUUGGUGCUAAGCUAUAUUUCAAAGCCGCCAGCUCCAUCCUAUAUUUAGGAGAAGAUAUGACUUCUAGGAUGUUAACUCAUUCUUUAGAAGUGCAUUUUUGAAAAGAGUUACGUAAUUGUGGUAUGAUCACGGUAUUAUUUUUGUGAAUUGUUAAGAUUAUCUGAAUGAUAUUGAAAGUUCUGCCACUGAGACCUGAGGCACUGUUACUUUAGCUUACUGAUCAUUGCUAUUUAUCGUCCAGUAGGGUUUUGUGUUGUUUUUGUUUUUAAACUCAUUCUCAAUACUUGCCGCCAGCUGGAAAAGCCGACUGUAAGCUGCUAAGUGAUGCUACAAGAGCCUUAGGUUGUUGCCAGCCAUUUUGCAUCCCCUCUGGUAACCCUUUCAUAGAUCCAUAUGGGAAGGGGUGACUGGCUUCUAAUAAGAAAGACAUAGUGUGCCAACCUUUCAGUAUUAUAUGAAUUAUAUGAACCAAGCUCUCAGUUUUUUCCUCAAAUAUACGGUACAAUGCCUCCACACGUCUGCUAAAUGAUUCUGAAGGCCCCGUGCUUGUUUUGUCUGUUGAUUACACUGAUUACUUCUUUUCCCGUCUGGCAGUAUUUGCUCCGGCACUGACUUGAAACAUGCUGUGAAAAUGAUUUCUGCUCCACAAAAUCCAGCAGGACCAAAUGUGACUGCAGUUUUUACUCCGUUCACCGAACAAGCUAACGCUCCCCGCUUGUUGCUUUUCCAGUAGGAGGCCUUAUCUCCGUUGUUUGAGGCCCGUUAACGUGGCAACGUUAGUGAUGUACAUACACCACUAGACUAUAUGCUGUGUACGUUGAAGCCCGUCAUGUCCGAGACCAUGUUGUUUCUCAGUCUGAUUGUGAGUGAAAGUUAAGGAAAUGACAUCAGGAGGUGAUUCAGCCUCCCUCCGCAGCCAUUUGCGUACGGGCAAGCGGGCAGUGAUGAAACAUGGAAAGAAUUCAUGUUGGGAGGAGAGGCUCGUACGCCAGUAAACACUGACUCCGUCUUACUUUCUCUGUCUUUCUCUCGACGCUCCCUCUAAGCCAGCUUUCUCCCACCCGCUGCUGUUGCCUCAUAGAGGAUUCUGAGCUAAUUUAUGGCCAUGAUAUCAUACAGUCUGGCGGACACUGUAGAUGCGAUGGCCUGCUGUUAAAGUGUGACUGCAGUAUAUUUUACAGGAGGCGGCUGGCUGAUAGCGUACACUGGUAGCAGAGCCAGUUCAGAUUCUCACGCUGUAACAUACUCUGCGCGAUUAGUGCGACGUUAACUGUCGAGUUGUAGGUCAUUUCAUUAAAUGUAAAUAAUCCUCCUAUUUCACAGUGAGCUCCAUUUUUAUUUGCUGCAUAGCUGUAAUUAAAAAGAAAAAGAAUAUUCUCAUAAUACUUAACACACUUUUGACUCUCGCUUGGCAAAACUGUGGGUAAAAGCUGACUUUGCUUCAGACUCUUAAUUAACCCGUUAUCCUUUCAGUAGAUAGUGAUGAUGUUGUUAUUGCCCAUGUUCCAACUCAGGUCUCUUGGUUUCCAUACAAGUUGUAGUAAUUAUUUGAAUCACCUUAAAUUGAGCCUUUCGUCUACUUUGUGUAAUAAACUUACCAUUUACCUGA